UUCCGCUGCUUGAUGGAAAAUAAACGACAAUUACAAGCGAAAGGGGCAGAGGAAACACGGAAUCUGUUUUGUAUCUUUAGUGUUCGAAUAAGAGUCGGGCCAAAGGUUUUUAUUUUUUAGGAUGUCAUCAUCUGAAAAUGCUGCGUCACGUGAAGUCUGUGAAGAAUCACCCCCUCCGUCAGAGGCUGAACCCCUGAGGGUAGUUCUGUUGGGGAGGACGGGAACAGGCAGAAGCUCUUCAGGCAACACCAUCUUGGGAAGGUCUGCUUUCUGGGUGGACAUCUCUCCCUGUUCGGUCACCACACAAUGCAAGAGACAGACUGGGACAGUAAAUGGCCGUAGCAUCUCCCUGAUCGACACUCCGGGGUUCUUCAACACUCAUCUACCCCCUGAGGAGUUAAUGGCAGAGGUGGGACGGUGUGUUGUCCUGUCCUCUCCGGGACCCCACGCUUUCUUGGUGACCCUGCGGCCCGACAGGUUCACACAGGAGGAGAGGGACACCUUGGAGUGGAUCAAGGCCACAUUUGGGCCUGAAGCCACCAGGUACAUUGUAGUUCUGUUCACUUGGGGAGACCAGCUGCAGGGAAAAUGCAUCAAGGACUUCCUGGAGGAGAGUGAUGAGCUGUUGGAGUUCGUCAACAGCUGCCACGGAGGAUAUCACUUGUUUGAUAACAGUGAACAGGACAAGACAGAGUGCACACAGCAGGUCGCACAGCUUCUGGAGAAGGUAGACAAGAUUGUGGCAGACAAUGGAGGCGGUUGCUAUAGCAAUGAGAUGUUCAAGGAGGCCGAGAAGGCCAUCAGGGAGGCACAAGAGAGGAUUCUGGCAGAAAAAGGAGAAAAGGUGGAGUCCCCUCUGAAGGAGCCUGAAGGCACGGAAGAGCAAGGACCAGAGUUAGAGAGGAGGAGGAGGAGGGAAGAGGAGGAGAGAAGGAGGGAGGAGGAAGAGGCCAGGAAGAGGGCAGAGAGGCUCUUCUGGUGCGAGCUGGCCACUGCGCUGGGGAAAGGUGCUGCGGAGGGGGCAGGGAUCAUGGGGAAGGACAAGGGGAAAGGGAAAGCCGUGAAGAAGGUGAAAGUGGUGGAGAAGGCGGCAGCUCUGGCAGCGUCGCCGCUCUCCAUCAAAUCUGCUGCGAAAGUGGUGGGAGGGGCUGUGAGAGAGGGAGGUAAAGUGUUAUACAAACACCGAAAAACAUUCCUGCACUGAUAGAUACUUGACUGUAUUCAAUGCUAUCAGCCUUUGUUUAACAUUGAUCCAACACACUAGCACUUUCAGACCAUACUAUUGUAUAUGAAUGCAUGUAUGCACUGUACAUAUGUGUGU